AUGAACAUCAUCGAAUCGAAUAAGGAACGGGAGAGGAUAAGCCUACAUAGCCAUAUUAGCGGCUUAGGAUUAGAUGCAGAUGGAUUUGUGCAUGAAUUGAAUUUUGAACAGAAGAAAAAGAAAAAUAACAAUAUAGAUAUGAAUGGACAGCAGAAUGGAUAUAUAAAUCAUGAUGAAGUCUUAUGUGAUGAAUUGAUAGGGCAUGAGAUACAGCAAAAUAUAAGUAAUGGAUAUGGCGAUAAAAAUGAUGGAUGCCUUAAGCAUGAUGAAGAAAGUGAUGAUGAAGUCUUCCGAAAUUUUUAUAACUGUAAAGGAAUGAUUGGACAAAAGAAAGCUAGAGAAGCUGCUGGAAUUUUUAUCAAUUUAAUUAAGGAAAAAAACAUAUGCAAAUGUUUACUAUUGGCUGGUCCCAGUGGAAGCGGGAAAACUGCUAUAGCAAUUGCUAUAAGUAAAGAAAUUAGCGAAGAUUCUAUUCCAUUUUGCAUUUUUAAUGCCUCGCAGGUAUAUUCCUGUGAAGUGAAAAAAACAGAAAUAUUAACUCAAUAUAUAAGAAAAAGUAUCGGGGUAAAAAUAAAAGAAGUUAAGGAAGUAUUUGAAGGUGAAGUUAUAAAAUUAGAGCCAUUUUAUGAUGACACAUAUGAUGAAAAACAUAUUUCUUAUGUUCAUAUUACUUUGAAGACCUUAAAAGAACAAAAAAAAAUUAAAAUACAUUCUUCUAUUUAUGAAAAUAUUUUGAAAGAAAAAAUUCAAGAAAAGGAUAUCAUAUACAUCGAAUCACAUAGUGGAUUAGUCAAAAGGGUAGGCAAAUGUACUUUAUAUAAAGAUAUGUUUGACAUUGAAACCGACACAUUUGUUGACUUACCAAAAGGAAAUGUGCAUAAAAAAAAAAAUAUUAUUCAAAAUGUUACCCUUUACGAUUUAGAUAUAUCCAAUGUUCAACCAAAGGACAAUAUUCUUAAUUUUUUACAAAACUCCAAAUCUAAAAAAACAGAAAUUACAGAUAAAUUAAGAAAUGAAAUUAACAAAAUUGUUUAUAAAUACGUCGAUCAGGGGAUAGCACAAAUUAUUCCGGGAGUCCUAUUUAUUGACGAGGUUCAUAUGCUAGACAUUGAAUGUUUCACAUACUUAAAUCGUACGUUAGAAUCUAACCUGGCCCCGAUAGUUAUUUUGGCAACAAACAGGGGAAUAUGCAAUAUAAAAGGGACAAACAUAAUAUCUGCCCAUGGAAUCCCUGUUGACUUGCUAGACAGAAUAAUAAUCGUUAAGACUAUGUUAUACAAUAAGGAAGAAAUAUUGCAGGUUCUAAAACUGAGGUGCAAAUUUGAGAAAAUAAAAAUUGAAAGUGAAGCCUUAAAUUACUUAGCCGAUAUAGGUAUUCAGUGCUCCCUCAGAUACGCAAUUCAACUUUUAACACCUGCGAAAAUAUUAUCCAAAAGAAAAGGAAAAAAAAAGAUAAAUAAAAGCAUUGUGGAAAUUGUUUCUUCCAUAUUUUUUGACACAAAAAGAUCUACCCAACUUUUACUGGAUGAUAAAAAUAAAUAUUUGUAUUAA